ACGCUCUCCCUCCCCUCCGCCUCCUCCCCGAUCUCCUGCCGCAGCAACUGCUUUUCCUUCUCCGACCCAUGCCCCACCGCUGCCUCCCCGGCCACCGCGGCCGCCUCCGUCUGCUGCUGCAUCCUCGACUUCGAUCCCGCCGCUCUGGGCCGCGUGAUCCGUGUCCUUGCGUGGAACUACCUACCCUCACUGCGCCUCCACGCCGAGCCGGGCGUACUCGAAGUGGUCCGCUGGCACCUCGAGGAGUCCGCUCCUCCCGUGAAAUAUAGCUUCCUGGCGACGGUCCCCUUCCGUUUCCCGGAUCAAGAGCCCGACUUGGCUACCCGCGGCUGCGCAUUUGGUUUGGUCAGGUCCGUCAGCAUUGUGUUCAGUAUGCCGCUUGCCAAGGCUGAUGCAGGAAGCAGAAAUUCAGUUGGGUUUCUGGCGGAGAUUUUGUGUUGUGGGUGUCGCCGCUGCUGCAGGGCGACACCGCCGGAAGAUGCCCAGACUCACAUGUUUGAGACGAUGAAAUUUGUCUACUUUGUGGAUGCGUCUAGCAUGUGGCGGCCGGUUCUAGUGUGGCUUGUGGGGAGGCUGGUGUACAUUUCUGGGUUAAGUAAAAAAAUGGUUUCUGUUGGGGACAAAGCCUCACACACAAUUUUGGUGUCAUCUGCGAAGACAACCAUGGCAUGGUGCCCAUCCUACAGGGGCAGUCUGCCAUUGGAUAACUUACCUGAAAAGUGCGGUGGAGAGUAUGCUGGGGUUAUCACUGGAAUUUAUUCACAGGGUCUGGUGGUUGAGCUGGAUGACACUGCAUGGCUGCUGAUUGAUGAUCAGAAGCUUCUGCCACCACAUUCCCUUCGAGUUGGUGCCAUUGUCUCUGUAAAGAACUUUCGAGCAGUGUGUCUGAACUUUGCUUGGACACGGGUUGUUCUGCUUGCAACUUGCAGUAAAACCUGCAUUACUGUAAACUGUUUUUCCUUGGUGGAUUCCAAAAUUCAUUUGAAGACAGAUAACAAGGGCCUCUUAGGAACGUUUGUUGACUCAUUGGAGAUGCCUGCUCGAUUUUGGAUGUUACUUCUGAUAUCAUGCUUUAAACAGAAGUUUACUAAAUUAUUUUCUGAUAAAGAGAUUUUGGGUUCACAAAAUAAGCAAGGGUUGGUUCAUGCUUAUGCUACUAAAAUUCUCACGUCAAAGUGCCAACCUCAGGAAAGUUUAAUAAUAAAAUUCUGCAGACAUAACUGUAGUAGCUUAAGCCUUGGAUCUAAACUGGAGGCUUGCAAAUUGGUACUGGUCGUACCAUUCUCUAAUUUAGUCUGCAAGUGUGAAUCAUUGUGGAUAUUAUCGAUGCUUAAAUUAUGGAACGGUUCUGAAAAAGUGGGCAAGAGCCAGGGUUUCUUAUGCGAUGGGGUUUCCUAUACCAGCAGUACCAAAAGAAUAAUUUCGAGUGAAGAUCUGGAUUUUAUAUUAGUGGGAAGCAUCAAGACUUCUCCGCUGUCAGGGAGACUGCAGUUGGUUGAUUCCACUGGAUGUAUAGAUGUUUUUAUACCUGAUCUCCCGCCUAAUGAGAGCUUGCAUGACAUAUAUGAGAUUGUCAAUUACAAACUAGCUCUUGAAGGCCCGAUGGCUUACAUAGAUCAUUAUGAUGUUGCUGAUGCCCUAUCCUGUAAAGCUGUGUUUCAGAAGCUUCCUUACAAAAAAAGAUUGCAUCACCUCAAUAUUUAUGUUAUAGUUCAAUGGAGGCAAUUAAUUCAUAUUGGCCCUUCCUCGUGUAUUCCUUCUUAUAUUAAUUAUAGGAUCAGGUUGUUUCACUUGCUGAAGUUGUCCCACAUAUUUCCUGUGAAUAGCAACAUUCAAUGUUCAAACAUGCCAGGGUCUAGCCUGUAUGCUGAAGCUGUAAUACUUCCAUAUGUUUUGAAGUUUAUUGGGCAAGGCGAAUUUCUUGAGCAUGCUGAGGGCUUUAUAAUGUCACACUCUACUUUACUAGGUAAUUCUGAAGCCUCUGUGGCAAAAUCAUGCAAUAUUCCAUGUUCGCUAAGCUUUGGCAGCACCAACCUUUGUGGUACUCUGGUGUCUACCUAUGCCUCUGGAUCAGAAGGUACUGUUCUAAAUGAACCUAUUGUACUAAGAAAAGAAUACUCAAGGAUCUUGUUGGAGUUCGAGGCAGGAAUUUUUAAGAAAUAUCAGUUACCGCGAAUCAAUGGUUCCUAUAUUCUCCAAUGUCCCAGUCGAAGUUUUACUUGCACCAUGGGAAACUGUGGAUGUUUGCAAGGUGGUAAAGUCUCGAUUGAUGCUCAAGAUAGACUUUGGAGCUUCGCCAUUACCAUUGGUGGUAAUAUAAACAUCAAGGGGUCAAUUGGGGAUCAAUCUAUUGGAGUUACUUCAAUGAAGAUGGAUGAGAUAUUUUCCAGAAAUAUGGUCGAUGAUGAGCUAAGAUUAGUUCAGCCUUGGAAUGACUUCUACCGUAAUUCUUAUUUUCAUUUGGAUUUUUCUUAUGAGGCAAUAAGCAAAAAGAUGGAAGAUUAUAACACCGUAUGUCAUGUAUUGAAUGGGCUGUGUGUUUCCUCCAGUGAAGUUUUAAGUGUGUCAUCAUGUGUUGAUAUUAUGAUGCCUAAAGAUGCUUCUGUGUCCGCUGACUUCAAAACUAAAGAAGUGGUUCAUGGAGAUUUAUUAAUAUCAGUACAGGGAAAAGUAGAAAAUAUACAUUCACUUGUCUGUAAGUGGGAAAGAUGCAUUCCUGGUAAUGAGAAGUACAGUCUAUGUAUCCAUAUUGCUGAUAAUAAUCAUGCGGUAUAUAUCCGUGGAUACUCAAACAAACAUUUUACUGUUGGCAUUGGACCAGGGGCAACAGUGACAUUCCACCGCAUCCGUUUCAAACAGCAUGGAUUAUUCUUAACCUCUGAGACAUACAUUGAGGUUAGCUCCAUCAGCCAUGCUAACUUGACUGAACAAAGUGUUAUUUCAUCACCAAAGUCUAAUUUGUCAAAAGAUGGUUCAUUUUGCACAGCUUCACCGUGCUUGUUCUUUCAUCAGAAGUAUUUUACAGACAGUAGACCCAUGCAAUUUCACUGCAGGGUAGCAACUAUCCUUGUGCUGGUAUUGAACAAAUCGACUAAUCAGGGUGAAACUCCAAAUGUAAAAGUUCGGCUAGCUGGUUUUAUUCUGGAUGAUGGAUCAUCCCUGUGCUGUGGCUGGGCUGAUGAUGCUAGGGCAGAAUUAUUGCUUAGGCUGCAGGAAAUUGUGCAUCUGGAUGCUUCUGUUAAUUUAAAGCUUUCAAAAGGAGGAGAGAAUAGCACAAAAUUAAAAUAUACUAUUGGAUGCUGUCUUGAAAAAAUGUUGAAGCAGCACACAAGUGUUACCGUAAAGAACUGUGGAAUUCCUCCUGAUUUCUAUUGCCGAGAUUUGGAUGCAUCUUCUGUUUCGGACAAAGCCUUAAGUCGCUUGGAAGACAAACUUCUGAAAUUUAUUGUCCUUAAUGCUUGUUGCAAGGGAUCUCUGGUGAGCUUAUCUAUACAUUGGUUGUCAAAGCAUGUUUGACUUGACCUGCGGGGGGUAAGACAGCCCCCGGGCAUUGUAUUAAGAAGAAGACCUUCUCACACAGGUCAAGAAAACCCCCGAACCCCUGCCCCACCCAUACACAGCGGCAUCGAAGCCCAUGUGAGAACGACCACGACUGGGGCUGAGCCUUAGACCUGUGCUUUGGCGUGGGACAAACGAGGGGAUUUUUUUAACCACAGCCUGAAAAUUCGCUCCCACGGGGAGUCGAACCCAGGACCUGAGGAGUGCUACUCAGACCACCUAACCAACUCAGCUAGAGGCCCUUUCGCUCAAAGCAUGUUUGAGUUUGGAUCGAUUAUCUAGCACGUAUACCAUUGGAGCUAAUGAACUAUUUUUUGUAUUAUACCAUAAGGUUAAUAUUAGAUAUAAAAACUUGACAUUAUUCUAACAAUCUUGAAUUGUUCCGUAACAAAAUAUUUACUAUUUGUGUCAUUAGUCAGGUGAUUUGUAGUCCAUUUCUACAGUGAUUUGCUUUGUCCCAUGAGAUAUACACCUGAUUUUCCUUUUCUUUGUGUGUUUUCUAGUUUCAUAAUGACUAAAAAAAAAUUGCUGCAUUGGUUGGUCAGGCAUUAUGCUUAUCAGUAAUAUACUUGAAAUUUCUUAAUUGUAUGCUAUUUGGUGAACACAUUUUUGCAGAAUGUUAUGGCAUCAGCUCUGAGCCCAGAUGAUAUAAAUGGGUUCAAUGUGGAGCUCCCUGUUCCAGUGCAGAACAUGCGGAUGCUUUGGAUAGAAGAAGUUUUCCCAGUAGAUCCCUUGGAAGAAGCUCGCAGACUACAUGAUAUUUUGGAAAACAGCUAGUGUUCACACAUUCUGGAUAGUUAGUAUGCAGCAUAAAAAAAAGAGGAUGGAUUGUCCAGAACUCCAGAUCGUACUGCCACUUCGCUGAGAUUUUCGCAAAGGAAAACUUGUUUCACACUCAGUAUCCAGAAAAGGAUGGUUUGUCCAGAUAGGGCCGCCACCUUGAAGUUGAUCCCAGAUUGGUCCUCCACAUUUUCCAAAGAGAUGUACUCACGGCGAACGAGCGAUAUAUCCUUUUGAUGCUGAUACUGAUCUCUGACGUAUGAAGAAGGGACAUAAAUUUGGCUGUUCGAUCUCUUUUGCUGAACGAGCGGGCCUUUUGUAUCCAAUGUCCCAAGCUCCCCAAAGCAACGCAAUGUGUAUAUUCUACUUGCAUUAUUAUGUCCCAACGUUAAUUUUGGCUUAUAUCAUGCUUCCUCUUUCGUAUCCU